AGCUAGCUAAAAUAAAAUUUAAGGCAACUGAAAUAUGCAUCCAAUCUACGUGAGACGAGACCCCGGUAUCCCCGUGUAUGGACUCCGACAGUCCAUCUUGCUAAACACCAGGCUUCAGGUCUGCUAUGUGGACGCACCAGCUCUCACCAACAGCUGAGUGGCCAGAACGUGCGGAGAGCAGAGCAUCAGUGCCCCGGCGCCAGGUACCACCUCUUCCUGGGAGGUUGUAAAGAACCCAUUCGUAGCCAGUCCCUUCUCCCUGGUUAAGCUUGUGCUCAGGCGGCAACUGAAGGGUAAGUGCUGCCCGGUACCAUGCAAGUUUGGAGAAGCAAAACUCCCGAAGAGAUUAAAGCCCAAGGACGAUUCGGCAAGGAAAGCCACCCAGCGGGCCAGCAUAAGAGGCUCCAUCAGUUCCAAGAGCAAGCGGCCGGAGGGAUAGCUGCCAGCCUCACCUGGGCACAGGUGGCCUGCAGGUGACAUCAGAGAGAGCAAAGAAAGUUCAAAGGAGAAAAAACUAACAGUCCGCCAAGAUCUUGAGGACAGAUAUGCUGAACAUGUGGCCGCCACCCAAGUGCUACCCUGGGACAGCGGGACAGCAGCCUGGAAGGGCCAAGUGUUGCUUCCUGAAGCCCGAAAGAGACAGCAGUUGGCGGAGGACACACUAACCAUCCACGGCCUCCCCACGGAAGUGUACCGGGCUCUGUACCGCGCCGCGGUGGAGCCCAUGCUGCGGAACCCCUGGGGAACCCCCAAGAGGUACAGCCUGGAGUUGGGCAAGACCAUCAAGCAGAAGCUCUGGGAGGCUCUGUGCGGUCAGGCUGCCACCUGCGAACCUGUGCAGAGGGACCCGUUCCCAGGCAGGAGGCGUCUAGACGCCCAAGAGCAGCCUGUGCUUAAGAAACGGCCCAAGUUAAAAAGUGAACAAUAGGAACAGGCACUCAUGGGAUUUGGAUAUUCUCUGCUAGAGGUCUGAAAAAUAAACACCUCUUUUGCACUUUCCACGUAAUCUCAAGAGUGCUUUACAAUUAAUGACUACCCUCUUGGGGAGCAAGACAAAUGGGUGCUGGAUUCACUUAAGACUGAGAGCCUCUGUCACUCAUGAUUAGAAAAAUUUCAAGGGCUAGAUGCUUGCAGGUUUUUUCCUACAAGGGCUUGAGGGUCUCAGUCUUCCAGGUAGGAAAAGGCCAGGCAGAUGAAGCGGAUGGUUAUAGCCAGCCUAUGGUUCCCUAAUUUUUUAAAUUUGAGACAGAGUCUUACUCUGUUGCCCAGGCUAGAGUGCCG